CGCAAACGGCGACAUUCACAAUAAUAAUAAGAAUAAUAAUAAUAAUAAUAAUAGUAAGAGAGAAGACGCGUGAAGAUGGCAAGCGGGGCCGGCUGGCAGCAGUACUACAGCCCGCUCGGAAACGCGUCCAGCGGAUCGGGGAAGUACAACCCGGCCUCGUCCUCCUCAUCCUCCACAUCCACCUCCACCUCCACCUCCAACAUGUCCUACCAGUCCGGCAUCACCAUGGAGUACACCCAGGACCUGCACCUCAAGAUGAGCAAGAAGAUAGCGCAGCUCACCAAGGUGAUCUACGCCCUCAACACGAAGAACGACGAGCACGAGGCGGCCAUCCAGACUCUGAAGGAGGCACACGAGGAAGAGGUGCAGCAGAUCCUGUCAGAGACUCGGGAGAAGAUCAUGCAAUACAAGAGCAAAAUCACAGACGAGAUGGACUUGAAGCGGCGCAUCCAGUCACUGGAGGAAUCCAUGGAGCUGCAUGAGCGCAUGAAGCGGCAGGCGCUGGCUGAGUUUGAGGCCUACCGGCAACGCGUGGAGGAUAUGCAGCUGUGCACAGAAGCGCAGCAUACGCAACGAGUAGUCACCAUGUCUCGCGAGGUCGAGGAGAUGCGCCGUAGCUUUGAGGACAAGCUGCGCUCCUUCGGCCAGGCACAGGCUCAGUGGGAGCAGGAGAAGCGGCAGGCACUCGAGGAGCUGCGUGCUGCCCACCGCCAGGAGGUACAGGAGCUACUACGCAGCCAUCAAAGCCAGAACGCCAGCCACAGCAAAGACCAGGAGAAACUUGGCCAGCUGCACAAAGCCGAGGUGGAGGCGUUGACGGAGCGUGUGGAGGAGCUGAAGCAGGACAAGAAGCGGCUUGUCGAGGAGUACGAGGCCAAGCUGAGCAAGGCGCAGGCCUUCUACGAGCGCGAGCUGGAGGCCAUGAAGCGUACGCAACAGCUCACUGCUGAGAACCUUCUGGCCUGGAAGAAGACAGAGGCUGAGUUGAGGAAGGAGUUCCAGGCGCAGGAGGCAGCCCUGCAGAAGACACUGGGGAAGCUGCGUGCCGAACUGCAGCGGGUGCAGGAGGAGGCCCGCGAGAGUCGUGAGAAGAGCCACAAGCUGCAGGCCUCACUCAGCUCUGCUGAGAACACCAUCAAGGAGCUGCACAAGCAGCUGGAUGAGGCAACCCAGGAUGCGGAGAUCGCGGAGAUCCGGCAGAAGGAGACUGAGUGUGAGCUGGAGGCGACUCGGGACAGAGUCCAGCAGCAGGCCACCGAGAUCCUUCUCAAAGCGAGCCACAUCGGCAGCCUGCAGGCUACACAGAUGACCCAUGAGGCAGCCAUCCGAGACCUGGAGUCUGAGAAGGCCCGUCUGAAGGACAAGGUGUUGCGGAUGGAGGAGGAGCGGGGGGCUCUUCAGAGCAAGAGCCAGGCCCUGGAUGAGAGGCAGAGGCAGCAGAUCCUCUCCUUGGAGAAGACACUUCGGGAGGAGAAGCAGCUCUAUGAGAAGGAGAUUAUGAACAUGCGGGCCAGAUACGAGGAGGAGGCAGCUCAUUUCAAGGAGGCCCAAACCCGGGCUUUGGAAGAGCUCUCCAAAAAGCACCGGGCCACCCUGGAGAGCACACAGAAUGAGGCCGAGCGCGAGAAGAACCGGCUGCUGGCUGAGAUGGAGCAGCGUUUCGAGAAGGAGCGGCUCUCGCUGGAGGAGCAGAAGACCUACCUCCGACAGCAGCUGGACAGCCUGAGGGAGGAACUCACUGGAAAACUCAACUCAGCCAAUCAAGAGGUGUCACGCCUCCAGGAGCUGGUGAGGCAGGGUGAGCAGGGCCUGGGCUCUGCAGAAGGACACAUCUCCAGCCUGAAGGAAGCCCAGGAGAAGCUGCUUAUUGAGCUGGAUGCCACCAGAUCUAGGCUUAGAGAGACCAGUAACCUACUAACUGCCCUGCAGGGGGAGAUGGAGACACAGAAGCAGCAGCACGAGGCCAAACUGGUCUCCAUCAAGGAGGAGGAGAAGCUGAAGAUAGACAAAGUGGCCCUGGAGCUAGAGCUGAAGUGGACUGAGACCCUGAGGCAGGAGUGCAAGAAGCUACGGGAGGAGCUGCGAGAGGAGCAUGAGGAGGACAAGCGUACCACCCUGGUGCAAUUGACACAGACCAAGGAGCAGGAGAUGAGUGCUGCCCGAGAGGGCUGGCAGAGGAAGGUGGAGGACCUGCUGGAGCAGAUCUCGCUGCUGAAGCAGAGUCUGGAGAUGCAGCUGUCGCAGUCACAGAACUCCCUGCAGCAGCUGCAGGCGCAGUUCAACCAGGAACGGGAGCACCUGAGCCAACAGCUGCAGGAGCUGGAGCUGGAGCACCAGCGCAGGGAGCACCGGCUGCAGGAGGCCCACUGCUGUGCCUUGCAAGACCUGGAAGAGGCGCGCCAGCAGGACCUCAAGGAACUGGAGGAGCGUCUGCGGCAGCAGCAUCACAUGGAGCUGCAGUCCCUGCGGGAGGCCCACAGGCAGAGCAUCGAGACCCUCCGGCAGCAGUCGGAGCAGGAGCUGCAGACAUUGCGCUUCGAGCUGGAGGAUGAGGGCAAGGCCAUGCUUGCAUCCCUGCGCUCCGAGCUGAAUCACCUCCAUGCCUCGGCCAUCGAGCACCUGCGCCAGACGCACCAGCAGGAGACAGCCGCUGCCAAACUGGAGCUGGAGAACGCCCUGGAACAGAGCCGCCAGCAGGAACGAGAGCUGCUGGGCCGCAUCGCCGACCUGCAAGAGGAGGUGACCCGCAGGAAGAACCACAUCGCGGACCUGGACCACGAGAUCCACACGCUCAACGAGAACAUUAGCACACUUACCAAAGAGCUGGAGCUCAAGGGGAAGGAGGUGCUCAAGAUCCGCAGCGAGGCCAACCAGCAGAUCAGGGCCCACGAGCAGGACCUGACAAAGAAACACGAGAGGGAGAUGGCCGAGAUGAACGCCGUCCACAACCGCGAGGCGCAGAACAUGCUGUCGGACUUCAACAAGGCCCAGGAGCUGCUGAAGGACAAGAUCUCCGCGCUGCAGAUCCUGUUGGAGGCCACAGAGGAGAAGUUCAGGAACCGGGAGAGUCGACCCGAAGACCUGCAGGUCAUCGCUGAGCUCAAGGAAAUGGUAGCUGAAAGGGAAUCCUUGGUCAAGAAGUUGGUGGAUGAUAAGAAGUUUUACCAGCUGGAGCUGGUGAAUCGAGAGACCAACUUCAACAAGGUGUUCAAUGCCAGCCCCAAUGUUGGAGUGAUUAACCCUCUCAUUAAGCUGCAGGGCCGGAGCAGAGAUCUCAGAGCUGGCACACGGCAUCGUGUGGCGGGCGCUGAAAUUCAGCCACGGCCCGAGGGGAGAUCAUAAGCUCUGCACAUCAGCUUGGUGGCCUCCCGCUGCAUUGUGGGAUUGAGUGGCCCCGUUCCUGCGUCACAACAGCGAGCCAGUUCUUGCAGGAGCCAUCACCCUGCAUGAGCAACACGUUAACACCUAUUCAUGUACACCCUCAUACAUCUACCUUUUUGUUUCUGCGUAAACCUCUGUCCGUGUGUGUCUCUGUUAUAUACCUGUUCAGACAUCCAGAAUCUACUUUGCUUUCCAAGCCAUUCUUUGUUGCCGUGGAAAAUUUCAGUAGCCUCUUGAUUUGAUGCAUUUCCUCUUGUUCUCAUUUAUUAUAACUUCAGUAGCUGGGAGCAACUGUCAUAUCCAUGGUUGAGUGGUGCAAGGCUAAACUUCUGGAAGCAUUUAUCCAGACAUAUCUUUUAAAAAUUAUACAGCUAGAUAGGAUCGAAAGAGAAUUUUUUUCCCAAUCCGCUGUUUUGUUUGUGUUCUUUCAUAUAGCAAAAGCGAAAGAAUGACAAAUCAGCAAACAGAUUCAGCAGUUCUCCAAAUCUCAGGGCUUUGGAAGCCGGGGGCACGGGGAGCGGGCCCCCCCCGCCGCCCAGCCGCCUAGAGCCCAUCCCAAACUCCCCCAUUCACCAGCUUGAGCUCAACCCUAGCAAACCUCUGCCCCC